AUGAGCGUGCCCAAGCCCAGUGGGCUCAAGGCCCCGUCCAAGAUCCUGAAGCCUGGAGGCACGGCCUUGAAGACACCUGUUGCCGUCAUAGCUCCGGUGGACAAAGCAGUAGCCAGUGAAAAGGCAUCAAGCAAUCCUUCGGAGACGCAUGAAGAAUUUGUGGACGACUUCCGUGUUGGGGAGCGAGUUUGGGUGAAUGGCAAUAAGCCUGGAUUCAUUCAGUUUCUCGGAGAAACUCAGUUUGCACCAGGCCAGUGGGCCGGGAUUGUUUUAGAUGAGCCCAUCGGCAAGAACGAUGGCUCGGUGGCAGGAGUUCGGUAUUUCCAGUGUGAGCCUUUAAAGGGCAUAUUCACGCGACCUUCGAAGCUGUCACGGAAGGUCCAAGCGGAAGAUGAGGCUAACGGCCUGCAGACGACUCAUGCUGCCGGAGCUGCUUCCCCUCUGUCCACCUCGGCUGCCAGUGUGGUGUCCUCCCCCGCAACCCCUUCAAACAUCCCCCAUAAGUCACCCCAGCCUAUAGCAAAGGAGCCUUCAGCCACGCCUCAGAUCAGCAACCUCACAAAAACGGCCAGUGAAUCCAUCUCCAACCUUUCAGAAGCUGGCUCAAUCAAGAAAGGAGAGAGAGAGCUCAAAAUUGGAGACAGAGUGUUGGUUGGUGGCACUAAAGCUGGGGUUGUCCGGUUUCUUGGGGAGACAGACUUCGCCAAGGGGGAGUGGUGCGGUGUGGAGUUGGACGAACCUCUUGGGAAGAACGACGGGGCUGUUGCUGGAACAAGGUAUUUCCAGUGCCAACCCAAAUAUGGCUUGUUUGCUCCUGUCCACAAAGUCACCAAGAUUGGCUUCCCUUCCACAACCCCAGCCAAAGCCAAGGCUGCCGCCGUGAGGCGUGUGAUGGCCACCACGCCCGCCAGCUUGAAACGCAGCCCGUCUGCCUCCUCGCUCAGCUCCGUAAGCUCGGUGGCCUCCUCCGUGAGCAGCAGGCCCAGUCGCACAGGGCUGUUGACGGAGACCUCCUCCCGGUACGCCAGGAAGAUCUCCGGCACCACCGCCCUCCAGGAGGCCCUCAAGGAGAAGCAGCAGCACAUUGAGCAGCUGCUGGCAGAACGGGAUCUAGAGAGGGCGGAGGUGGCCAAGGCCACGAGCCACGUGGGGGAGAUAGAGCAGGAGCUAGCCCUGGCUCGGGAUGGACACGAUCAGCAUGUCCUCGAAUUGGAAGCCAAGAUGGACCAGCUGCGGACAAUGGUGGAAGCAGCUGACCGGGAGAAAGUGGAACUUCUCAACCAGCUUGAGGAAGAGAAAAGGAAGGUUGAGGAUCUCCAGUUCCGGGUAGAGGAAGAAUCCAUCACCAAAGGCGAUCUCGAGCAAAAGAGCCAGAUUUCUGAAGACCCUGAGAAUACGCAGACCAAACUGGAGCAUGCCCGCAUUAAGGAGCUUGAACAGAGCCUGCUCUUUGAAAAGACCAAAGCUGACAAACUCCAGAGGGAGUUAGAAGACACUAGGGUGGCGACAGUGUCAGAAAAGUCUCGUAUCAUGGAGCUAGAGAAAGACCUAGCGUUGAGAGUUCAGGAGGUGGCUGAGCUCCGAAGAAGGCUGGAGGCCAGUAAGCCAGCCGGUGACGUGGAUAUGUCCCUUUCCCUUUUGCAAGAGAUCAGCUCUUUGCAAGAAAAGCUAGAAACCACCCAUACUGACCACCAGAAAGAAGUGGCUUCUCUGAAGGACUACUUCAGCUCCCGGGAAGAAACACACCAGAAAGAGUUCAAGGCCCUUCACACAGCCACAGAGAAGCUUUCCAAGGAGAACGAGUCCUUGAAAAGCAAGCUUGACCAUGCCAACAAGGAAAAUUCAGAUGUGAUCGCCCUGUGGAAGUCCAAGCUGGAGACUGCCAUCGCGUCCCAUCAGCAGGCGAUGGAGGAACUGAAGGUGUCCUUCAGCAAGGGGGUGGGGACCGAGACAGCAGAACUGGCGGAGUUAAAAACACACAUCGAGAAACUGAGGCUAGAGUACCAGCAUGAGAUCGAAACUCUGCAGAGUAAGCAGGAUUCGGAACGGUCUGCUCAUGCCAAAGAGAUCGAAGCCCUCCGGGCCAGCCUCAUGAAAGUGGUUAAGGAGAAGGAGAACAGUCUAGAAGCCAUAACCUCGAAGCUGGACAGAGCGGAAGAGCAGCAUCUCGUCGAAAUGGAAGACACGUUAAACAAGCUUCAGGAAGCAGAAAUAAAGGUAAAGGCACUAGAGGCCCUGCAGACCAAAUGCAAUGAACAGGCCGAGGUUAUUGAUAAUUUUACAUCACAGCUCAAGGCUGCUGAAGAGAAGCUCUCAGAUCUCGAUGCACUCCGGAAGACCAGCUCUGAAGGUAAAUCGGAAAAUGAGAAACUUAGACAGCAGCUCGAGACAGCCGAGAAUCAGAUUAAACAUUUACAGAUUGAAAAGGAUGCUGAAAGUGACAAGACUCAGAGCAUUACCAAAGAGCUCCAGGAGAAGGAGCUCUUGUUCACGAACCUUCAGGAAAAGUUUCGUGAUGUCAGUGAAGUCAAAGAGGCUUUGGAGAAGGAGCUUCAGGUUUUGAAAGAAAAGUUUGCUGAAGCUUCUGAGGAGGCGGUCUCUGUGCAGAGCAGUAUGAAAGAAACCGUAAACCAAUUACACCUAAAAGAGGAACAGUUUAAUGCAUUAUCCUCUGAAUUGGAGAAGCUGAGAGAAAAUCUAGCAGAUAUGGAGGCCAAAUUCAGAGAGAGAGAUGAACGAGAAACGCAGCUGAUAACGGCGAAAGAGAAACUGGAGAACGACAUUGCGGAAAUCAUGAAGAUGUCUGGAGAUCAUUCCUCUCAGCUGACAAGAAUGAACGACGAGCUGCGCCUGAAGGAGAAAUAUGUGGAAGAAUUACAGCAGAGACUUUCCAAGGCAAACGACAGUGCAAACAUCCUGCAGAAGACCAUUGGGGAACUGACCCUCCAAGCCAAACAGAGCCAGCAGGAGGCAACGCGGAAGCAUGAGGAGGAGAAGCAAGAGCUGCAGAGGGAGCUGCUGGAGAUGGAGAAGAGGAUGGAGGCCAGCCACAACCAGUGUCAGGACUUGAAGGCCAGGUACGAGAAAGCCAGUUCUGAGACGCAGGCGAAGCAUGCCGACGUCCUGCAGAACCUCCACAGGGUGCUCUCAGACACCGAGCAGAAGCUGAAGGCUGCGCAGCAGGAGAACAGUGACCUGUUGAAGGAGAUGGAGGAGCUGAAGAAACAAGCCGACAAAGCCAAGGCUGCUCAAAGCACGGGAGACACCAUGCAAAUCAUGGAGCAGAUGAACAAGGAGAAGACUGAAACCCUGGCCUCCUUGGAAGACACCAAGCAGACAAAUGAGAAACUCCAGAAUGAAUUGGAUACACUUAAAGAAAACAACCUGAAAAAUGUGGAGGAGCUGAACAAAUCAAAAGAACUUCUGACCGUAGAGAAUAAAAAAAUGGAAGAAUUCAGGAAAGAAAUAGAAACCCUAAAGCAGGCAGCCGCGCAGAAGUCCCAGCAGCUCUCGGCGUUGCAGGAGGAGAACGUCCAACUUGCCAAGGAGCUGGGGCGGAGCAGGGACGAAGUCACAAGCCAUCAGAAGCUGGAAGAAGAGAGAUCUGUGCUCAAUAAUCAGUUAUUAGAAAUGAAAAAGAGAGAAUCCAAGUACAGAAAAGAAGCGGAUGAAGAGAAGGCCUCACUGCAGAAGUCCAUCAGCAUCACCAGCGCCCUGCUCACCGAGAAGGACACCGAGCUGGAGAAGCUGAGGAACGAGGUGACAGUGCUCAGGGGAGAGAACGCCUCUGCCAAGUCUUUGCACUCGGUGGUCCAGUCUCUUGAGUCUGACAAGGUGCAGCUUGAGCUAAAGGUAAAGAACCUGGAGCUCCAACUCAAGGAAAACAAGAGGCAGCUGAGCAGCUCUUCAGGUCACGCUGAGGCUCAGGCCGAGGAGGACGAGAGGGCCCAGGAGAGUCAGAUUGAUUUCCUCAACUCAGUCAUAGUAGACCUUCAAAGGAAGAAUCAAGACCUCAAGAUGAAAGUGGAGAUGAUGUCUGAAGCCGCCCUCAACGGCAACGGGGACGACCUGAACAGUUAUGACAGUGAUGACCAGGAGAAGCAGGCCAAGAAGAAACCGCGCCUCUUCUGUGACAUCUGUGACUGCUUUGACCUCCACGACACAGAGGACUGUCCGACCCAGGCACAGAUAUCUGAGGACCCGCCCCACUCCACGCACCACGGCAGCCGGAGCGAGGAGCGCCCUUACUGUGACAUCUGCGAGAUGUUUGGGCACUGGGCCACCAACUGCAAUGACGAUGAGACCUUCUGA